UCUUUCCUUGCCCCCUUCCUCUCUACUACCUACUUCCAGAGAACUACUAGAUAGUAGUAUAUGAACUAUAAUAGCAAUUGAAGAUUUGGAUACCGAUCCUCCUUUAUCCCCCUUGGAGAAGAAAACAACAUCCUAAUCUAAAUUCGACGCAAAUCAUGUCCUCGCUUCCUCUUCCUCCACGGCAGCUUUUCUAUGACGGCAAAGUUCAGUCUGCCUCUUCCGGUAAGACUUUUCAGUCCGUCAACCCGUCUGAUGCCACCCCGCUUGCCGAAAUCCAAGUCGCCUCUCAUUCUGAUGUUGAUGCGGCCAUCGCGGCUGCCGAUCGAGCAUUUCCCUCAUGGUCACAAACCCCUCCCGUUGCCCGUGCACGAAUUCUCCAGAAGGCAUCUCUCAUACUUCGUGAACGAAAUGAUGAAAUUGCCCGGGUUGAAUCUUUAGAUUCCGGGAAAGCUUUUACAGAGACGAGCACAGUGGAUGUUGUCACGGGUGCUGAUGUUUUGGAGUAUUAUGCGAAUCUUGUCGGGGGCGGGGGUCUGAACGGGGAGACCACCCAACUGAGAGAAGACGCCUGGGUGUACACUAAGAAGGCCCCCUUGGGGGUCUGUGCAGGAAUUGGCGCAUGGAAUUAUCCCAUACAAAUUGCCCUUUGGAAGUCUGCCCCUUGCCUCGCCGCCGGAAACACUAUGAUCUACAAGCCUAGCGAGUACACCCCGCUUCAUGCACAGACUUUGGCAGAGGUCUACAAGGAGGCUGGGCUUCCUGAUGGCGUGUUCAACGUUAUAUAUGGCGCCGGCGAUGUUGGUGCUUACUUGACCUCGCACCCAACGAUUGCCAAGGUUUCCUUCACCGGCCAGGUGGCCACUGGAAUGAAGGUCGCCGGUUCUGCCGCUGGCAACAUGAAGUAUGUGACUAUGGAACUCGGAGGGAAAAGCCCCCUGGUCAUUCUUCCCGACGCGGAACUAGAAAACGCCGUUGAUGGAGCUAUGAUGGCCAACUUCUACAGCACCGGCCAGGUCUGUACCAAUGGGACCCGAGUGUUUGUGCCCUUUAGCAUGAAGUCAGCUUUUGAAAAGCGUCUGCUGGAGAAGAUGCAAUAUAUCCGCCCCGGACCCUUGUUUGAUGAAGCUACCAACUUCGGCCCCUUGAGCUCUGCCGUCCACCUUGAGAAGGUAACUUCCUACAUCCGCCAUGGUAUUGAGACGGACAAGGCCACCCUCUUAUACGGUGGGCUCGGCAAGCCUCAAGUACCGAAGGAGUUGGAGAAUGGAUUCUGGGUCCGGCCCACAAUCUUCACUGAUUGCAAGGAUGACAUGCUCAUUGUCAGGGAAGAGAUCUUUGGUCCCGUAAUGUCGAUUUUGUACUAUGAGAACAUCGAGGAUGCCGUCCGACGGGCCAAUACUACCGAACUUGGGUUAGCGGCAGGCGUUUUCACCAAAGAUCUUAACUUGGCCCAUCGCAUCAUUGAUCAGCUUCAGGCAGGUAUCACAUGGGUUAAUACCUGGGGUGAAAGUCCGGCCGAGAUGGCCGUCGGUGGAUGGAAGAAGAGUGGCGUCGGUGUUGAGAAUGGCCGCAAGGGUAUUGAGGCCUGGGUGAAAAACAAGAGCACCCUCGUUGACAUGAACGGGUCCGUCGCAACUGUUUUUGCUAAGUUGUAGGUAUUGAGAAUAGUCGGUUUUUCCGAUGAUUCUCUUUUUUCCGUUUUUGAAGCGCUCUAAAGUAAAUAAGUACAUAUUUGAGAUAGAUGAGCAUGGAUGCAAUAUACACGCUACGGAAAGGAAUAAAUGAAAAACAACAGAUAUGAAAACGAUUCAAAACAAUCAAUUCAAUCACAAAAAUUUAGUAACACAUUUUCCUGUCAUUAUUAUCGAGUCUAUCUUUUAUGAAGAAAUUUAGUUAGGCAACCUGGGCA